AUGGACAUUCCACAUUUGGCAUGGUUUAAGGUGCUGCUCGUGGUUGCAAAGCAGUCCUCUGAAGAUUUGUACAACAUGGCGGCAACCUUCAAGUUGUUUAAAGAAAUGCUCAACAAUCCUGAGGUUUGGACAACGGUGUCAGUGGAUAAGUACCAGUGGCAUCAGGACUGGUACCCAAUUGAGGAAGGCAAAAUUGUUGAGUUCUUGCAAAAGUGCGAAGAACAUAACAAUCCAGAAAUCAUUUACAGAGAAGCUAUUCAGGACUUCUUCCUGAAGAAUGAUGAUGAGGCGCUGAAGAACCUGCGGGUGGCGGCUAUGGCAGGGCAUAAGGAAGCCUCCUACCUUGUUGGCUUGCUAGGGCUGUUGAACCCUAGCGAGGGCAAGGAGAAUGCGAUGGAGUUUUUGUGCCAUCUCAGCAAAACGAAGAAGGCGUGCCAAAAAGUGUCGGCUGCGCAGAUCUCACAGCCUGGGGUUCCGGGCCGAGGGGAUGUGCCUUAA